UUCGGAUCCAUUUUGCGAGUUUGACCAGAGGCCUCUGAUGCUGCGCGAUUCAUUGCUGGACUUGGGCUAGGGUUUGCUCCUCCUCCGGCGAUCCUCGGCUAGGGAGUGUCUCCAUGGCCCAUCACCACCGCUCCGUCUCCGGAUCAAGCUCUAGCUCCGGCCUCCACUUCCCUGGUUCCUCCCCCUUCGGGGACACCACCUUUACCAAGGUCUUCGUUGGGGGUCUUGCGUGGGAAACCAAUAGUGACGCCCUGCGCCGCCACUUUGAGCCCUUUGGAGAAAUCUUCGAGGCCGCCGUCAUCUCAGACAAGAACACCGGCCGUUCCAAGGGCUACGGCUUUGUUACCUUUCGCGAUCCGGAGUCAGCGAGGAGGGCAUGCGCGGACCCUAGCCCAAUCAUCGAUGGCCGGCGGGCCAAUUGCAAUUUGGCAUCCAUGCGGCCUCGUCUAGCUCCCCCUCAUGCACACUCAAGAUCUGUGGGACAACAUGGCAAUGUGCCUGUUCCCAGAGAAGCUUCUGUCGGAGGUUCAAUUUAUAACCAACCAGUUCCAUAUGGCUUUCAGCAAGGUUUUACAUAUCCUCCUUUUGGGUAUACAGCAUAUGGGCAAGAGUUUGUCUACCCACAGAAUAUCUAUAACCCUGCUAUGGCGCAGCAGUACAUUCAAGUUCAUGGUGUUCCUGGGACAGUAAACACAACCAUCUUUCCCUUUGGGCAACUGGGCAUGCCUUAUGUGAGUGGGCAUGGUUAUGCUCAGGGUUACACAAUGCCUGGUCAUCACUAUGUACAAUUGACUGGUCCCAAUGUUACUGGAGUAACUGCACUACCCCUAGUCCAAGCCCCAUACAAUGCAGCACAUAUUCCAGCUCAGCCUCAGUUCAUUCUUUCUGCUCAUUCGCCACAAUUUGCACAUGGUGGUGGUUCAGAACAAGCUGCAGGUUGAGAAGAGCAUAGGGAUGACUAAUGUCUUUGAGCAGGUAUCCUUAGAUUGCAGCAGGACUAAGAACAGCGGUAUUGCUACUUGAGUGGCAGGCUUUUCUUGCCUUGCAAGCUAUCAUCCUUGCAUUCUAGAGGUUGUCCAUGGUGUUGGUCAGAGAGAUCCCGGAGUCAAGGUCCGAGUUGCUUCAAACAGAAAUAGCAGUAGAGCUGGGUUUGCUCUUAUAGCUGCCGUUGUCUGUCUGUAAAUCCCCAUGGAGGGGCUAACACCAUCAUCUGCCUGAUGGUGGAUUCCAGGGUUGGAACUUGGAAUCCAAAACCUGCACCUAGUGAUGCAGGCAAUUGCACUGUUCAUUCAAGCAAAACAACACAAGCCUGACCCGGGUUAUCUUCCGUUGGUGUCAUUCAGUUAAUGUAGGUGAUAUAUUUCUGUUUAUUUAGUUCAGGUUUCAUAAAAUCUGAUGAUAGCGCAUCAGUUUGGGCCUCCAAAAAAGCAUCUGGCGGGGUUGUCGGAUGCUGUGGUUGUCUUCUUAAGUUGUGUCGUACUUUUAAACCCAUAACCAUGUUCCCUUUGUUCAGUUUUUUUCAUGGUAGCUCAUAGUUUAAUAUUUGAACAAGUUUAUAGUUAUUCAGAUCAGUUAUUAGUGGUGCCAUUCAUUGAUCAUCGCUGGACAGUUAACAUUAUUUUAGCGUGUCAUGAGUGUGCUGUCCCCCUUUUAUUUUAUUUUAUUUUUUUCAUAUUUUCUGGUUGGUAGUUUUUACUUUAUGAGUGAUAAAUGUAAUGGUUAAUCUCAAAAUAAAGUUUUGGUGCAGCUCCAGGGCCUCUUGUUUGUGUC